GUAUUAUGGCCCUUCUUACUGGAGAUGAUUGUGCCCGAACAGUACACAGAGGCAGGCUGUGUGGUCUGUAAAUGUCUGGCCCACCUCGCCAACAAGAAACGAGAGGAGAAGGCCGAGGAUUACGAUCUGGACUACGACGUCCUGGCGAACACCCCGAAACCAAAUGUCAUGAUAGCAAGAUUAAUGGUUUUAGCUGGUUGUCCCAAAAACAACAGAGAUAGGGGGAUUCAUGUUCUGCAGCUGAUGAAGGGAAUGUCUCCAAACCUCAAUGACAAUCUAGUGGAACUCUGGGAUACAGUGAUUCCUAAACUCACUCAGUAUCUAGAGG